AUGUCCACCCCUCACCACCAUGAAAGUUGUUUCUCCAUCUUCCUCUAUAACCUCUCUCAAACACCAAGAAGGCUUAGAGAGAGAGCAGGUGCAACUUGCUCUAGUGAUGAAGAGCUCACAGAGAUUCGACAAAGAUCGGGGGCCGACAUGAAGCGAAAGCUCGAAUGGUACGAUCUUGUGGCCCUCGGUAUUGGGGGCAUGUUAGGGUCCGGCGUCUUCGUCACCACUGGAACUGUCGCCCUCAAUGUCUCUGGCCCUUCUAUCUUUAUAUCUUAUAUGGUGGCUGGGAUUGCAGCUCUUCUCUCUUCCUUGUGCUAUACCGAGUUCUCAGUUGAGAUGCCUGUUGCUGGUGGGGCAUUCAGCUAUCUAAGGAUCACAUUUGGUGAAUUUGUGGGUUACUUUGGAGGGGCAAAUUUGUUAAUGGAAUAUGUUUUAUCAAAUGCUGUUGUGGCUAGAAGCUUCACAGAAUAUCUGUGCAGUACAAUUGGGGUGACAGAUCCAAAUGCAUGGAGAAUAGAGGUGGCCUUUCUACCAAAUGGUUAUAACAUGUUGGAUUUCACUGCAGUUGGUCUUAUCGUUUUGCUCACAAUUUGUUUGUGUUACAGUACAAAGGAGAGCUCACUAUUGAACCUAGUUAUGACAGUAUUUCAUGUGGCAUUCGUCGGGUUUGUGACCAUUGUCGGAUUUAGCAAUGGAAGUGUGAAGAACUUAGUGAAGCCAAAAGGGUUGGCUCCUUAUGGCAUAAAAGGGGUCUUUGAUGGGGCAGCCAUAGUUUAUAUAAGCUACAUUGGCUAUGAUUCAGUAUCCACAAUGGCUGAGGAGAUUAGGAACCCAUCUAAGAGCUUACCUGUGGGAAUUGCUGGUUCAGUGGCAAUUGUUUCAAUCCUCUACUGUUUAAUGACAUUGGCCCUCUCAACCAUGGUUCCUUACAAUGAGAUCAUUGCCACUGCACCAUUUUCCUCGGCUUUCAAGAGGAUAGUAGGGUGGCAAUGGGCCGGAAAUGUGGUUGGAGCAGGUGCUAGCUUGGGCAUCAUCACUUCUCUCCUGGUGGCCAUGUUAGGCCAAGCAAGAUACAUGUGUGUGGUGGGGAGAGCUCAUCUUGUUCCCUUAUGGUUUGCACGUGUGAACCAAUCAACAGGCACCCCUGUAAAUUCCACUCUUUCCUUGGGGAUGUGCACUGCAUUCAUUGCCCUCUUUGCAGGGCUUGACCAGAUACUAGAGAUGAUCUCCAUAGGAGCACUCCUUGUGUUCUACAUGGUCGCAAAUGCACUCAUUUAUCGAAGAUACGUAAGGCCCGGAUUCUCUAGGCCACUGCCCACAUUGCUCUUCUUAGUAAUUCUCUCUGCUAUUUCAUGUGGCUUUGCAAUACAAUGGAAGUUGGAGAGAGGCUGGUGGGAACUCGGUAUGUUUGGCUUGGCCUACAUCUCCAUGAUUGCAAUAUUUCAGGGGUUGGUCACACCGGUCUAUAGGCCGGCUAAGUGGCGGGUCCCGUUGAUGCCGUGGCCCGCUUCGGCGUCUAUAUUUUUAAAUGUGUUCCUGUUAGGUACAUUGAGGAGGAGGUCCUACCAAAGGUUUGGGAUAUGGAGUUUGGUGGUGUGUUUGUUUUACUUGUUGUAUAGUGUUCAUUCCACCUACAAUGCUGAAGACCAGAAAACUAAUGCAGAUGGAGGGAGCGCAAGCUUGGCCUCCAAUGGGGAACAAAAUAAGGUUGAAAUCCAAAUGGAGUGACCACAAUAAUGGUAAUAGUGAGAAGUCUCUUUCUC